AUGAUUUGGCAUCACAACCAGCCUUCAAGAGAUACGUGUAGAAGUCAAUUAACAAUAGCGUUCGCAAGAGAUCUUCGUGAAGAUUUGAGUGAUUAUUUAUGGGAUCUGUUCGAGGCAAUCAUUGUUCUGAUGGAGAGAUCGGAUCAGCAAGCGGAAUUGCUGCAAACUGGAUUUCGUGCCUUAGCUGUUAUGAUCAAGUUACAGUGGCGAAAGAUUAUCCGAGAACUACGAAGAACAUUCGUGUAA